GUUUAUAUUUAUAUUAGCGUGCCAUCAAUUAAUGUGUUAAGGAAAGGAGAACUCAUAUUUUGAAAUACAAUUCAUAUCGACCAGUGCGUUUGUGAGGAAAAGAUAACUCCUGUUCUAAAGUGACAAAAUAGCUUAAUAUCUUAGUAUUGUUGUGUGUACAAUUAUGGUGUGUGGCUGGUGUUAAAUUCUCUAAAACAUGGCAAAGAAAAAGACAGAAGAUACGUUUAAUGAUAUUCAACUCAACGAAGGCAAGGGAAAUAAGUCAAGAGAAAAUGGUCACUCGCAUGGAACAGACACGCCUCUGAAGAAAGGGUACGACCCGUCCAGGCAAGGACCCAAGAAGAAAAGGUCGUGCACUGACGUCAUCUGCUGCUUCAUAUUUUUUCUAUUUAUAGUUGGCCUUGGUGUGGUGGCCUACUUCGCAUUUAUUUAUGGCAACCCAGAGCUGCUGGUGUACCCGCAGGAUUCCAAUGGCAACUUGUGUGGGAGGGGGGCUUAUGCAGACAAAAAGCACCUGUUUUUCUUUGACCUGGUCAAGUGUGGAACCAUGGGUCCUGCUGUCUUCUUCCAAGGCUGUCCUACACCGCAGGUGUGUGUGAAGGAAUGUCCUAAAAAAAAUUAUGUCUACCUGGAAGACACCCUCGCAAAAAACAAAUCCAAUCUCAUCUGCAAAGAUGGAGUAAAUUUAGAGGCUAAGAGUUUUGAUAAUCUAAUUAGAGACGAUGAUUGUGCAUCUUAUUAUCUUAACAGCACUUCUGUACUCAACCGCUGUGUGCCUGAAGCCAUUGAGAAGCUUUUUAAUUUUGGCAAAGAAGUUCUUACAGUGACCGCAGCUAAUGGAAAUCAGUACAAUGUCACAGAUAAUAAAAACAAGACGGUCAAUGGAAAUGAUUUUGACAUUGGACUUCAGAUGUUUAAUGCGUUUCUUAAGGCGAAGGAAUUUGGUGAUAAAAUUAUUGCAGAUGUUGUGGUCUCCUGGUGGAUGAUACUCAUUGGUUUGGGAGUGGCUAUGGUUAUCUCCCUUAUCUGGAUCACACUGAUGAGGUGGAUCUCUGGCUUUAUGGUGUGGCUGACCAUCCUGCUCUUUGUGCUGCUCUGGCUUUUCUUAACCGGGAUUUGUUGGUACCUGUACUAUGAAGCUAAAGGUACUAAAGAAGUCAUGACAGUUUAUUUAGUCUGGCAGAUGACUUUUGAAAAAGAGAAAAUAUUCUUAGCAGGAGGAAUCAUCUUUGGUGUUAUCUUUGUGGUUGUGUUUUUCAUUCUUCUGUUUUUGUGCCAGAGAAUUCGCAUAGCUGUUGCACUCAUAGGGCAAGGCAGCAGGGCAGUUGGAUCAAUGUGGUCAACUCUUUUGUGGCCGAUCGUCCCAUUUAUUUUACAAGUGGCUGUAGUGGCACUUUGGGGGUGCACUGCGACAUUUUUGGCAUCCAUAGGCAGAGCACCUUCCAACCAGAAUUUUACUUUGUCAAAUGGGACAACAGACUUUGAAGCGUAUAAACAAAAUGUUAUAAACCUCUUUGAAGAAAUUCCCUGUGAUAACAAUGAUUCCAAUUACGCUUCUAAAGAAGUUUGUGGAUUUUUCAAGUAUGGGAAAGGAGAUUACACAAUCUACCUACAAAUCUACAAUCUGUUCAUGUUGUUUUGGCUUGUGAACUUUGUGGCUGCUCUUGGCCAGUUGACCUUGUCUGGCUCAUUUGCCAGUUAUUACUGGGCUUUUGAUAAGUCAAAGGAUAUCCCAACAUUCCCACUGCUAGGUGCCUUCUGGAGGUGUUUCAGAUACCACUUGGGCUCUUUAGCCUUUGGCUCCCUGCUGAUCGCCAUUGUCCAGAUAAUCAGAGCCUGUCUAGAGUAUGUUGAUUCUAAGCUCAAAUCAUCAGAAAAUCCUGUUGCCAAAUUUUUCCUCAAGUGCCUAAAGUGUUGUUUCUGGUGCUUGGAAAAGUUUCUUAAGUUUUUGUGUAAGAACGCCUACAUUAUGAUGGCUGUGUAUGGCAAGAACUUCUGUUCCUCAGCCAAAAGAGCAUUUGAGCUUAUCUUAAGAAAUGUUGUGAGAGCGUUUGUGCUGGAUAAAGUUACAGACUUUCUGCUCAUUAUAUGCAAACUUUUGGUUGUUGGAAGCGUAGGUGUAAUAGCUUAUUUCUUCUUUGAUGGGAGAAUUGAUUUCUUGAAGGCUUAUCAACCACAGUUAAACUUUUAUAUUGUGCCAAUAAUUCUUGUAAUCAUAGGAUCCUACAUUAUUGCUGAUAUAUUUUUUAGUGUCUAUGAAAUGGCAGUUGACACUUUGUUCCUAUGUUUUCUUGAGGACAUAGAAAGAAAUGAUGGGUCCCCUGAGAAACCUUACUUCAUGAGCAAAGACUUGAUGAAGAUCUUGGGCAAGAAAAAUUUAAAACCCAAAAACUCAGAAUAAUGGAUGCGAUUUCAGGAGUUUGCUCAAGAUCCAUAGAUAAAUCUGAAAGAACAAAUAGUUAGUUUUCA